AUGGAAAAUCGAGAGGAAAAUGAGAAGGUUUGAUUUUUCUGCCAAAAAUCUUCAGGAAACAUGCUUUCUGGGUUCUGAAAUGACAUUUUUCAGACUUCCCCGCAAAAUUGGAGAAAUUCGUCAAAAACAAUGUCAUCACGUGUGUAUAUUUGCAUAAAUAUGUUUUCACGGAUUUUCGGAUCAUUUCUGGUUUCAAAUUCGGCUAGGAAAUGGGCCUUGCCAUUAUUAUAUCUUUAUGUAUUUUAUUAGUAUUAUUGAUUGCUUUUGGUUUGGUAUUUGUUUAUUACAAUAUUCCUAUAUUAGCCAAACAUCUCAAAAUAUUUGAAUCGGUGAAGAAAAAAACGGCGAAAUGGAAUGGAUUUGUGAUUAUGGUUAUUUUGGUGAUUGUUAUUGGAUUGGGUGUUGCUGCGAUAUAUUUUUCGAUGUCUGCAAAUGGGACAAAUUCAAUGGAAUUAUGUGGAGAAAUUGGUGGAUUGAAAAUUUUAAAAGAUUCAAAAAAAAUCUUGAAUUCCUCCAUGAUUCCAACUGCUUCAAUUCGUUCGAAAUUCAUCGAUUUGAAUAAUAAGAUCUUGAUUCCAUUCAAAGGCACAAAUAUGAAUAGAUAUUUAGAAGUAAGUUAUCACAAAUAUUGUUGUUUUUUUUAAAUUCAUAUGUUUCAGAGUAUUAAUUAUUAUCAUGACAAUAUGACGAUAUAUAAAUUGAUUUAUAAAAAAGAUCUUGAAACAUAUAAAACAUUGGAUCCGAAAUCAUGUGGAUAUCCGAUUAAAAAGAAUUUUGCUGUUUUUGAUCAAGUUAUCAAAAAUUCGCCAAAUUUAACCAAUUUAGGAUCAAAAAUAACUGGUAUUUAUGAUGAACUCGAUAAAAAUUUGUUGAAAAUAUCAAAUGAUUUAUCGAAUAAAAUUAAUAAUGAAAUACAAUUAAUUGCCAAAUAUAUGGAGCCAUUUAAUGUGAGUUACAAAAUAAAAAAGAAAAAAAUAUAAUUUAGUUUUUAUUAUUUUCAGAAUAUGUUAUCGAAUACUGAAAAUGCAGUUAAUAAAUUUGAGAAACAAUUAAGUAAUGGAUAUUCAUCAGAUUAUAUUCGAAUUAAUAAUAUUGUUAUUCAAAUAUUAUCAACAAUCAGUGCUUUUAAUGCUUUUAUUCUAUUGAUAUUCAUUUCAAUUGCCACAAUUUCUAUGAAAAAAUGCCCGAAAAUUGUUAAAUGGUCGUCAAAAAUUGCAUAUUUUUCAUUCAAUCUUUGUCUUAUAAUCACAAUUAUUUCAAUCAUUUUUAAUGGAAUAAUAUUAUCAUCACAAAAUGAUUGUUCUAUUCAAAAACCUGGAUUGAAAGCUUUUUUCGAAACCGAUUCUCAAAGGUAAUUUUUCAUUGAAAUUCAUAAUCAACGCGAAAGUGAGAGAUUUAGAUAAUAUAAUACACGGUCAGAUUUUCUUUACGCCGACCAUACAAAAAACCGUCUCGAAAUUUCAAUUGGAGUGGAGAAUGUUGUACAGACGCAUUUGUGUGCUUUGUGGAUACGGAGUUUUAAUUUUUUGAGUGCUGAACAAAUUUUACGCGACAGGUCGGGACGUCAAGAAAAUCUCACCGUGAAUAAAUUUUAUCUACUCUCAAAAAGCCUUUAAUUGCAUUUUGUUAACAGCAAUUCAUGUGAUUCGAGUGAUUUGAUAUUGGGAAAUGUAAAGCCGAUUGAUAUUAAACCGAUAUUGAAACUGUUGACGAAAGAAACCGAUAAAUUUAAAUCUAAUGUAGUUGAUGCGACAAAAAAAUCAAUAAAUCAAGUCGUCGCUUUGAUAAAACCAAUUUUCGAGAAUGAGAAACCACCAAAAUUGAAUUCGGAAGUACCUAGCAACGAAAAAUGCACGGAUGAGGAAAAAAUUUCGAUAUUCCGCUUAAAUAUGAAGGCUGAAGUUAUGUCGAAUAAUAUAAAGGAAAUAAAAAUGCACUCGACAAAUGUGAAAAAGGAAUUAUUGAAAGACUUCGAAGAACUUGGAAAAUCUGUGACAAUUAUUUCGACAGAAGUAACAGGUUCGGUUAAGCUUCAUAUUCAAACUGGUCUUACACAACUUAAUGUAAGUCGAAGUUUUGUAUAAAUAAUGCCUGAUAUUUUUUCAUUCAGACUAAAGUAACCAAAUCAAAUUUCGAAUGCGAACCGUUUUUGUCAUCAUUCACUAAUUGUCAUUUGAGUAUUUGUGAGAGAUUUCGAGAUUUCAAUAACGAUAUGUCAAAUAUUUGGAUCUUUAUACUGGCAAUUAUUAUGAUUUUCGGAGUUACGUCUGCAUUUUCGAGACUUUGGUUAGAUGCCGAAUAUUCGAGAAACCACAUGGUUGGCGCAAAAAAGUCAUCAGGGAAAAAUGUAGAAGAAAAAACAAGAUCAAGUUCCCAGUCAGUGGCAGACACGAAAAUGACAAAUGGAAAAACAACGAAUGAAGCAAUGAAAUAGACGCCCGAAUCAAAGAAGUAUUAUCAAAACUUGUGCGAACUUUUUGUAAAUAAAAUUUGGAUUUAUGAAAGGUUUCAUUCAAAUCUACUAGUAUCUAAUACUGCAUAACAUUCAGAAAUAUUUGAAAAAAAAUUCUACGAAAUCCAAAUCGCCACAGAUUUUCUAUCAAGGAAAAUUUAACAUUCAGCGUUUCAUAAGAUUUUUUGAACGUUCAAAAAUUACAUCGUAUACCAUAUUUUGUAAUAAAAAUCUAAAUUCCGGAAUCUUUUCUUGAAAUAAAUUUUUGUCCAGAAAAUCUACGUUUAUUUUCGAAUCUAGGUCACAGAUGUAGUUCAAGACAACGAUGAAAAAUAUUUCUGAAAUCAAGUGUCACGUGUGUAUAUUUGCAUAAAUAUGUUUUCACGGAUUUUCGGAUCAUUUCUGGUUUCAAAUUCGGCUAGGAAAUGGGCCUUGCCAUCAUUAUAUCUUUUUGUAUUUUGAUAGUAUUAUUGAUUGCUAUUGGAUUAUUUCUUGUUUUUAAGAAAAACGUCGAGUGGUUUACGAAAAAUUGGCAUUUUUGGAAUGAAUCUUUGAUAAUAUUAUUUUUGGCGAUUGUUAUUGGUUUGUCAUUGGUCGCGAUGCAUUACUCCUACGAAAUAAAUAAGAGAAAUGCGAUGAAAAAAUGUGGAGAAAUUGGUGGAUUGAAAAUUUUAAAAGAUUCAAAAAAAAUCUUGAAUUCCUCCAUGAUUCCAACUGAUUCAAUUCGUUCGAAAUUCAUCGAUUUGAAUAAUAAGAUCUUGAUUCCAUUCAAAGGCACAAAUAUGAAUAGAUAUUUAGAAGUAAGUUAUCACAAAUAUUGUUGUUUUUUUUAAAUUCAUAUGUUUCAGAGUAUUAAUUAUUAUCAUGAAAAUAUGACGUCAUGUACAGUGGUUUAUAAAAAAGAUCUUGAAAGAUAUAAAAAAUAUGAUCCAAUAUCAUGUGGAUAUCCGAUUAAACAGAAUUUUGCUGAUUUUGAUCAAGUUAUCAAAAAUUCGCCAAAUUUAACCAAUUUAGGAUCAAAAAUAACUGGUAUUUAUGAUGAACUCGAUAAAAAUUUGUUGAAAAUAUCAAAUGAUUUAUCGAAUAAAAUUAAUAAUGAAAUACAAUUAAUUGUCAAAUAUACGGAGCCAUUUAAUGUGAGUUAGAAAAUAAAAAAUAUAUAAUUUAGUUUUUAAUAUUUUCAGAAUAUGUUAUCGAAUACUGAAAAUGCAGUUAAUAAAUUUGAGAAACAAUUAAGUAAUGGAUAUUCAUCAGAUUAUAUUCGAAUUAAUAAUAUUGUUAUUCAAAUAUUAUCAACAAUCAGUGCUUUUAAUGCUUUUAUUCUAUUGAUAUUCAUUUCAAUUGCCACAAUUUCUAUGAAAAAAUGCCCGAAAAUUGUUAAAUGGUCAUCAAAAAUUGCAUAUUUUUCAUUCAAUCUUUGUCUUUUAAUCACUAUUAUUUCAAUCAUUUUUAAUGGAAUAAUAUUAUCAUCACAAAACGAUUGUUCUAUUCAAAAACCUGGAUUGAAAGCUUUUUUCGAAACCGAUUCUCAAAGGUAAUUUUGUUUAUCAUAAAUGCGAUUUUCGAACUUUCAAAACUAUAAUUUUAUUACAGUAAUUUAUGUGAGUCAAGUAAUUUAAUAUUGGGAGAAGAUAUUGAUUCGAUAAAUAUUAAACCGAUAUUGGAACUGUUGACGAAAGAAACCGAUAAAUUUAAAUCUAAUGUAGUUGAUGCGACAAAAAAAUCAAUAAAUCAAGUCGUCGCUUUGAUAAAACCAAUUUUCGAGAAUGAGAAACCACCAAAAUUGAAUUCGGAAGUACCUAGCAACGAAAAAUGCACUGAAAUGGAAAAGAGUGACAUAAGUGCAAUCAAUAUGUUAUAUGAUUUCUUUUUCACAGAUAUAUAUAAGAGUAAAAUGCACUCGACAAAUGUGAAAAAGGAAUUAUUGAAAGACUUCGAAGAACUUGGAAAAUUUGUGACAAUUAUUUCGACAGAAGUAACAGGUUCGGUUAAGCUUCAUAUUCAAACUGGUCUUACACAACUUAAUGUAAGUCGAAGUUUUGUAUAAAUAAUGCCUGAUAUUUUUUCAUUCAGACUAAAGUAACCAAAUCAAAUUUCGAAUGCGAACCGUUUUUGUCAUCAUUCACUAAUUGUCAUUUGAGUAUUUGUGAGAGAUUUCGAGAUUUCAAUAACGAUAUGUCAAAUAUUUGGUUCUUUAUACUCGCAAUUGUUAUGAUUUUCGGAGUUACGUCUGCAUUUACAAAACUUUGGUGUGUGGCCGAACUUCGUUAUUAUGAAACCUAUGAUUGA